AUGUCACAAUCAAGCCAAAAUGGCCCACGUAGCUUUUGUAGCAGACAUGGCUCACCUGAAACUAUUCCAUUAACACAGCCAUUACCAGGGUUACCAAAACCAAAAUAUGCAACAACCACAGAACACACCCAUGAAACAAAAGUAACUACAUUAUCCAAUGGACUAAGAGUUGCUUCACAGAAUAAAUUUGGUCAAUUCUCAACUUUAGGUGUUUUUGUAAAUUCUGGUUCAAGGUAUGAAAUAGAUUAUAAAAAUGGUGUUUCACAUUUUCUCGAAAAGCUGGCAUUUAUGUCCUCAUCCAAAUUUGAAAGUCGGGACCAUAUUAUGAAAGAAUUAGAAAAAUACGGUGGAAUUGUUGAUAGUCAGUCAUCAAGGGAUACAAUGGUGUAUGCAAUGUCAGUUGAAAGCACUGGAUUGGACGCUGGUGUAUGUGUACUUGCUGAUGCUGUUCUACAUCCUUUGUUAACACCGGAAGAGAUUGAGUUGGCUGCCUUAACAAUUCAAUUUGAGUUAGAGGAUUUGAGAUUAAGACCUGAUCCUGAGCCACUGCUGACAGAGAUGAUCCAUGCAGCUGGUUACCAAGGAAACACAUUAGGAUUGCCAAGGCUGUCUCCAAAGGACAAUGUGUCCAUCAUUGACAGGACUGAGAUUUUGAAUUUUAUGUACAACUACUAUGUCCCAUCCAGGAUGGUUCUUGCUGGUGUCGGCAUGGAACACGAAGACCUUGUUGAACUUGCUAGCAAAUAUUUUAUUUCAAACACGCCUGUUUGGAACAGGGAGUUUGAUGGCACAUUAAGCAAAGGUGCGGAUGACUCAAUAUCGCAAUAUACUGGAGGAAUUGUCAUGGAGGAAAGAAACAUGGCUAACAUUGCUCCUGGCACACCGAUCCCAGAAUUAGCACACAUAGUAAUUGGUUUGCAAAGCUGCGGUCAUAAAGAAGAUGACUUCAUUCCAUUCGCUGUUCUUAACAUGAUGAUGGGAGGUGGUGGAUCGUUCUCUGCUGGAGGUCCCGGAAAAGGAAUGUACACACGUUUGUAUUUGAAUGUUUUGAAUCGCUACCAUUGGAUGUACAGUGCGGCUGCCAUGCAUCAUAGUUACGAAGAUAGCGGUAUAUUCUGUAUACAUGCCAGUGCUAAUCCUGCAAUGCUUAAAGAAUUGGUAGAAAUUAUUGUGAAAGAAUUUGUUAAUAUGGCUGGCAAUGUUGAAUUUAUGGAGUUGUGUCGUGCCAAGACUCAGCUUAAAUCAAUGUUGAUGAUGAACCUGGAAUCUCGCCCAAUUGUAUUUGAAGAUGUUGGUAGACAGGUGCUGGCAAUGGGGUACAGAAAACCCCCAGAAGAAUUUUGUAGAUUAAUAGACAGUGUAACAGAAGAUGAUAUCAUUCGAGUCGCCACUAGAAUGUUACGUACAAAGCCCUCUGUUGCUGCUAUGGGUGACUUAAAGAAAAUGCCAGAUUUUGUGGACAUUUGCGCCGGUCUAGCCAGUAAAAGUGGCAGAUUACCUCGCAGAUUUUCUCUCUUUGGGAACUAAACGAAGGAGACAUUUUCACCAUUUUGUUUUUUAAUUAAUCUUCAUACCUAAGAGUGUAAAGUGAAAAUCAUCAUUUUGUGGAAGUCAUACUGCAAAUACCUGCAGGUCCUAACAACCCUGGUUUUUCACUGCGUCAUAAUUUGUGACUUGUGAAAUUCAUGAGUAUUUUUAUUUUAAGGUACUGUUAAAAAAAUUAAUUGCAUCCUGAUUAUAGCCCUGCCUAGUUGAGAGUUCGGAUCGACAGUGUUUAUGACAACAAUUCAAAAACUGCAAAUGUCUUGAUAGCAAACUGCACUCUUUGUUCUAAUGUGUUGACUGUGAAAUCUUUUCAACCAAACCUGCGAGUCGGCGCCAAGAUGUUCAAUGCUAUAUUCUACUGAUCAAUCAAGUGUUAUGUAGCGUAGCUAUUAACGCUAUGAAGCGACUCUUCAGCAUAAUAAAAGUGAUGCAAUGUUGAUAAAUAUGACACCCUAGCUGGAGGCAAAUAAUGUUAAAAUGGCUCUCCGCAUCGAAACAACUGUGUAGUCAUGUUGUGUUGAAGAGAGAUGAUUCGAAGAUGAGUUUGUAGUGGUUUUUGUUUCCCAAACUUGAAUUUAUUGUUACUUUAACUGUUUUCAGAUCAUUAAUGAAUGUCUUUAGUACUUUUAGACUUGAAAUUUGAAAUUUCACAAACCUCUGUUUUUGUUAAGAUUUUAGUGUUAGUUUGAGCCAAUUCAAAUCAUGUACUAUGGAGCAUGUUACAUAUAUGACAUGUAUGCAAUGCAUUAAGGCAGAUAACCUCUCAUUUUUUAUUAGUAUUGAACACUAAUAACACCCUGGAAACUAACUGAAUUACAUGUAAAUUUUUUGAAAUGUUUUCAUAACCAAAUUCAUGUCAAUAAUAUGGCUUAUUUUAUCCUAUGUAACCAAGCCAAGUUUUGAGAUAUGAAGAAAAUUAUAUAACUAUAGAAACCAGUGUAAAAAUGCUAAUUUUGAUGAUUUUCAAUGAUACUUCAUUUUUCCCCCAUCCUGAUGACAUGAACUUGCAAAAAUGAAGGCAUGAUGAAUAUGACGAAAAAUCUUCAUGUAGCUUAAACCACCUUUCCUACCCCAAUCUUAGUGCCACAUUUUGCAUAUUUUUAUGGAAUAUUUGGUGAUUUUGUUGUUAAUUAUGGACCAAAUGGACAUAAUUACCUACUGGCUACAGGUCAUAAUCAAAAUUUUGAAAAAAAAAAGUCAUGCAGCUUUUAAUUUGUGAUGGUAACAAAAGUUGACAUUGAUCGUCAAAGUACCACACUGAUAGUACAUGUACAUACUUUUAAUAUGAUACCAACUGCCACUGCUGAGCAAUACUUAUACUGGCAUUGUGUGUACAAGUUUACUUGUUCUUUUUUCUAUCUAUUACAAUAGACCAUUUUCCGUUGACUGCGAGAUACCACGUUGUGUGUGAAAUCGAACGAAAAAAACAGGACAAACAGAGGUCAUAGCGUUGUAGUGGCUUCCGAACAUCGCAAGGGGUUAGUCAAACGUGAAAAUAUCUGUUGGGUAUUUCCGUGCUUAAUAAUGUGCUAUACACAUUUCAUGAUUAUUUUUGAUGAAGUAAGGUUAUCUCAAUGCAAUAUUCCCCUCAAGGAUUGCGACAUUGAGCUAUAAAAAAAACACACUAUAAAUACAAAAUCAACUCAUUUGAUCUUUGUGACAGAUGUUUGUUUCAUGCCUUUCAUGCAAUAAGCAAGAUCUCGAGGUGAACGGAAAAUCACCUAUUUAUUACUCAGUUUUGCUCGUAUUUGUAUUGAUUACCAAUAAUGCUUUGCACUUAAGAAUAUUGACAAAGUGUAUAUAUAUAUCCCCGACAUAUUCUCUAAAUUAGGUGUAUGGUUUCAGGUCCAAAUGUACAAUUAUGUGUGGUUUCAAGGAGAAAAUACUCUCAUUUAAUAUUUUUGGUUCUAAUAGAAAUAAAAACUAGACCUGGGAGUGUUAACUCUUGUGGGCAGACUCAGAAAA